GUCUGUGAGGGCGCACGCUACCAGCUCCUUCCAGCGUCUCUCGCACGCUUUCUCCCCCCAUCGUGUGUGCGCGUGUGUGUGUGUGUGUGCGUGCUCCCUGGAAAACUUUGAAAAAAUCUAGCUAGUGCCUCAUUAAAAUUAACUAUCGCGUCGGUAUAUAUUUCAAUUGGCCUUUCUCACCACAGUCGUUAUCAAACAAUAGUGCGAGCGAUACGUUAGUGUUCCGAGAUAGUGUUGUUACUGAUGCCCGACGGAGUAAGGAGCACCUCUCUGAGGACACGUGUGGUCACCUGCAGAGGGCAAUGCUGUAUUUCUGCCUCACCACUGUACUCGUCCUCCUCACCUGUAACCUGGGCGACGCUGCUGACACCUCUGACACGCGUGGUUCAGGUGACCUGCUGAGGGGAGUGACCGUACCUCAGUACGCUUUCGCCGGAGGCCAGGCCACCCUCAGCUGCUCGUACGACCUCCGUGCACGACGACUCUACUCCCUCAAGUGGUACCACAACGACACGGAGUUCUACCGCUACGUACCCACUGAGCGCAACACUCCCAUCAACAUCAAACCCACUCACAAGUUCUCGGUCACGGAGCUGUUCCGUAACGACCAGCGGGUGACUCUCUCCCUCACACGGUUAUCAGUGUCGGCCUCGGGAGAGUACCGCUGCGAGGUCAUCGCUGAGCACCCUAGCUUCAGGACCGAGUGGUACAGAGCCUCCAUGACUGUACUCAUGCAAAACAGUGAGAAUAUAAGAUCUUGGUGUUUACAUGUUCGCAUGUUGGGAAGACUGAGCGAGGCAGACAGCGUGAAGGUAGAGUGUGAAGGCAAGAUUCGCGUUGUAGAAGCUCUUAUAUGGGGCAGCGUCUCGCUCUCUGUAGAGCUUUAUCAAUUCAUGACUUUAUAA